CUGAAUGUGGCAGACGCACCGAUACCUCCUCCAAGCAUCGGCUUUCCUUUCCUCCUCUUUAAGACGAACUCCCAUCAAAGUGAAACGCCCAACAAAGAAAAACACCAGCAAGGAAAAAUGGACAGUAAUCCUGAGGCAUCUUAUGGACAUGGCCAACUGCAGUCUGCAAGUUACGGGGAGUUUUGUAAUCCGGUGACUGAUCAAGAACCAGAAAUGAGGUGCUUAGCUCCUACGACUUUAGAACCGGCAAGCCCUCAGCAAAAGUCCCAUCCUCAACGCCCGUUACAAUGCAUGCCUCUACAGGAACCUGCACAUGGAUCCGACCAACAACAUUUAACAAAUUACCAGGCUCCUCUUGCUGUUCUUCAAAGUAAUCUUGGCCGUAACGGCGCUAGAACAGAGCUGGUUGAGAGUGCCACUGAUUUCACAGCUAAUCCAUCAAAUCAGUAUGAUAUGGAACUUUACAAUAUCAUGUAUCCGAAAUUUAAUGGCAGCUUUGAUGAAUUCCUUAUUCAGCAGCCAGCAACUCAACCCAAAGGCCUAAUAGACAAUAUUACAUACGUUUCUGCAUUGCCUGAUUUUCAGCAGACUAAAGAUAAUGAUGUAGAACAGCCAUCAAUUAUACUUGUGGAGUAUGAAGUAUAUGACCUGGUUCAAGUAUGCAGCGAAUCAGGCCCGCACCUAACAAAUUGGGAUGCAGACAAAGAGCAGCAAACAUUCCAGCAUACAUAUAAACUACCAGAUGGAGAAAUGGUCUUAAUUGGUAUGGAUGAAAAAGACAGCCUGGUACAAAUUUCUACAGUCUCUGAUUUGUGGGUAAAGCUCGCAACCCCUGGUGAGAAUCUUAAGCAAUUCUUGCGUAAGAACUGGUCUAACAUGUUGCAUUAUUUACCAGUUAUUUACCAGUCAAAGCAAUGUCGCUGGCAGGAAGAGGAACCCGAUCCAAAGGAUUUAAAGUUAUGGUUCAAGGCUAUCACGGAAAAGUACUGGACUGUAAUGCUGGGGAAGACAGACAAGAUCCCCACAAAUGAAGAGGAAGGCAUCAUGUGGCAGAAAAAAUUUAUGGAAAGAUGUGAAACAGUCAGGCCACGUGCCAGAGGAAGGCCUUAUUAAUUCUCAACCUCAUGUAACCAGAAAAAUGUAGUGUUUACUAGUGUAUUUUAAAUUGCUUGGUAUAAGUAGUUCAUCUUGCUUAAAUAUAAUUUGCACUAAUUUCUGUAAUUCUAAUUGUUUACUAAUAAUUUGAUGAUUUCAAUCAUUGCAUGUAAAGAAAGGAAUUCUUUUACUUAUUUCUUAUAUCCAAUUUAAGUGGCAAGCUAUGUGUUAAAACUAAAAGGCGCCAUUCAGUGUGGUAUAGUUAUUGUAUUGGAUUAUAACGAACU